AUGCCAUUCUCGCCUGCCAGAAUCAAAAGCAUGGCCGGUACCAAGCUUGCUGCCGCCUCGGGCGACGUCCCUAAACAUCGGGCCUGCGACGAGUGUCGCUCCCGCAAACUUGCCUGCUCCAAGGAAGCCGACGGCUGCGCGCGCUGUCGUCGCGAGAGCAUUCGCUGCUAUUACUCGCCGCAAAAGCGCAUGGGCCGGCCACCGAAACGCCCGGCGGAUGAGCCCGAUGCCGCUCAGCAGGCACCGGCCUCGCGGCGCCGUGGCGCAUCAUCAUCGCCCGGCAUGCAGCGCAGCCGCAGCGCCUCCUCCUCGGCCCCGUCCGCCGCAGCGCCCGAGAUUCGCUCAUUUUUGCCGGGUGCGACAUCACCGCCCGCGCCGUCAUUCGGCGACCACACGUUGGACUUCCUGGACCACCAGGCCAGCACGCCCGACAUGGCCUUUUUCGAUCUCCUUCCCGGCUACUAUCAAGAGAGCGUCGCUCUGACGCCCGCCUCGCAGGCCGAGUGCGCGUCGGCAACGCAAGGCUUUCACGGAACGCUGCCCAUAGCCCACGACGGCAUCGGCGCCUACGACGACCUGUCCUUUCUCGACCCCGUCUUUGCGGCGGCCCCGCCCACCGGCAGCCAAAACGCCUUUGUCGCGACGCCCGACCUCUCUGUCGGCUCGCACACGCCCUUUCACUCGGAGCCGUCCUUCUCGCCCCCACCUCACCGCGCGAGAGCCGCGGCCGUGGCCUCGCCCGGACCGCAAGGGUACGCCCCCCGGGUCGCAGGCCCCGAGCCCCUGCACCCGAUCCCCACUGUGUCCUGCCCGUGUCUCUCCGCGCUCUACAUGACCCUCGAGUCCCUGACUAAUCUGCCCCGGGACGUGUGCGCCGCGAUGCGCGUAGCCCGGCACGCGUCCAGAGUUGCGCAGGCUGUCGUCAGCUGCAAGGUGUGCUCGUGCGACCUCUUGGAUAUUUCCAAGCCCCCGCCGAUGCAGGCCUUCCAGAACAUGAUGCUGCUCGCGACGCUCGUACCCUCAGCCUGCAACGCGUACGCGGCCAUGGUUGAAAUGAUUGACCGCGAGUGCGGCCUGGCGACGCAGCAGGGCCGCCGCAUUCCUCUUUCCGUGCGUGAGCUGGGCGGCCUAUGGGACCGCCAUCAAGCCCAAGGCGGCGGCGGUGGACGCUGGCUUCCCGCUGAGCUGGCGGACUGCGACAACGCGGAGCUCGAACCGCGCGAGUGGCGCCGGAUCAUGCUGGCCGUUAUACGGCUCGAUGUCUACGGCGACAAGGAGGAUCGCUCUGGCGGGGCGUCGUCCGGUGCGAUGGGCCUUGGCGAUGUCGUGGCCGCGCUCGACGAGCGCAGCCAGAAGCGCCACGAGCUGGUGGACGCGUGCGCCGCAGCGGGCACGUUGCCGCCGCAUAGGCACUACAUGAUGACGCCGCGCAGCUGUAAGCCAGAAGACAGGAACUGUGUCCGGGUACUCGAAGUAGCCCGUUUGGCCUUGAAUAGCCUUGUUAUUUCUUAA